AGGGAUAUUUUGACAGACGGAUAUGGGAAACUAUAACAGCUCCACAGUGGAGGAACUACAAGCGUGUGAGAGUCAUCAGUGGUACAGAAAAUUCAUGACCGAGUGCCCGUCCGGAGUUCUCACCUUCUACGAGUUCAAGCAGUUUUUUGGCCUGAGGAAUCUGUCGGACACAUCAAACGCCUACAUCGAGACCAUGUUCACGACGUUUGACAUGAAUGACGAUGGUUACAUUGACUUCAUGGAGUAUGUGGCUGCUCUGAGUCUGGUGCUGAAAGGAGGAGUGCAGAAGAAGCUCCGCUGGUAUUUCAAACUGUACGAUACCGAUGGGAGUGGCUGCAUCGACCGGGAGGAGCUGCUUCAGAUUAUUAAGUCCAUCCGAGCGAUCAAUGGAAUUCCUCAGGAGAUGUCCGCAGAGGAAUUUGCCAACAAGGUGUUUGACAAGAUUGACCUCAAUGGAGACGGGGAACUGUCGUAUGAUGAGUUCAUAGAGGGGGUCCUGAACGACGAAAUGCUCCUGAAGACGCUGACUGAGAGUCUGGACCUGACACACAUAGUCCAAAAGAUCCAAGGAGAGAUUAAGGACAACAUUUAGGAUUUCCAACUGUUUACAGACUUUUACAUGACUGUGCCACAGCAGAAUGAGUGAAGAUGCGGGUUCCGGAUGAUCCACAAAAAAUCAACGUACGACACCAGUUCCACUGUUCUGGUGUUUUAUCACACAUCCAUGGACCUGCACACGACUUCCCAUCAAGCCCAGAUACUACAUUUCCCUUCAAUCACCCGACACAAACUUUUAAAUGCAAAGUAUAUGACCAAAUACGCUAUAUGAUUAAAACAUGAGUAGAUAUUCACAGCCAAAAACCAACACGUAUCAGGUGCUUGAAGUAAAUAACAUAUUCUUUGCAUCUUCUGUUAAACCCCAGCUGAAAUGAAACAUCACGAUUUCUGUCCAACGCCCAUUAAGUGCUUUAUAUGCAUGAACUUGUUGCUUGUUGUUAAAAUACAUGAUGAACUAUCUGCAGCACUCUGAGACGCUAACUCACCUGAUUGUAGUGUUUAUAUAGAGUAGACUGUUUUCCCUCUUUUGAACCAACACAGAGAAGUGUGUACUUUUGUAAAGCCUUCCCAGAAAAGCUGUUUUAUAUUUUUGAACAGGUCUGAUAUGAUGUAGUCACCGAGCACUAGCUGUAAUAUAUAUUUUAAAACGUUUGUCAGCCCAGCUCAGAUUUCUAACUUACAUAAGGCAAAUCAAAUCAG